CGCUCGAGGCGAGUAGCGUGCCCCGGGGCCGCCCCGCCUUUCGUUGUACGCCCGCGCGGCGGAUGGCGGCGAGUCCGCGGCGGCGGCGGCUCCCGGCCUGGAUGGGGGGGGCGGCGGCGGAGCGGGCGGCGGCGGAGCCCCCCGCGGCCGGACGGCGGGCGGCAGGACGGCCCAGGGCGACGGCCGUGCGGUACUGUAUGAGCGAGGCGGAGCUGGUGGACGUGGCCGUGGCCGUGCUGUCUGAGAAGCUACGGUGCGAGGAAGGUGACAAGAAGCCCCCCUCCGGGAGUGAAGAGGAGCAGGAGCUCCAGCCAACACCACAAGAGGCUCCUGGAAGCACAGCCAGCACAGGGGGAGGCAGUGACCGCAGUCCAGCUUUCUCAUCCCCUCCUGAUGCUGGUGCUGGUGUCAACGCAGAGAGGACAGGCUGGGAGGACUCUGAGGAUGAUAUUCUGAAAUACGUCAGGGAGAUCUUUUUCAGAUAACAUUGCCUUCUCUGUGGCUCCCCACAAGCAGAAGGGGCGGAGCGGUGGGUGUCUGCUCCCACAGCACUGAACGUGACGGCUGUGUCUCUGCUGUGCUGGUGACCAGUGGAGCUGGUAGGAGGCCAGUGAAGGCCGUGGGGAAAAGGAGGGGGACACUCCUCCUAGCGUGUGCUAGUUCCAAGCGGAUUUGGCUCCAAGUUAGGUUUUGUUCAUUUCUGUUUGGCGUCUCAGAGCAUGGGCAGGUUAAAGAGGACAUUCGGUUUCCUAUGAGCAUCCCAUUGGUGGGUCAGGGUCAGGACUGGAGGGGAGCAGAGUUGCUGGCCCUGGGAGGCCUUUGCUGGCUCUGCAGAGUUGGAUAGUCAUCGUUCAGCCAUGGGACAAUGUUGCCGUUGUUUUUUAGAUUCUUCUGAGAGCUGCUGUGGGGCCUGGCAGUCUGUCCCCGUGUGACUUGGUGCUGAAUUUGCCUCCAGGUUCAGGCACUCCUCCCGUAGCUGAGGAAGACAUGGGUAAGAGCAGACUGGCAGGGGCAGGGACCAUCUUGAAGCAGCUGAGUCCAUGGCGGUGCUUAUGGGGGUCUAGAAAGGGAUGAGGAUGGCUCAGAGUCCUCUUCCCUGUCCAAAGAGGAGAUGAACAAACCAUGAGGCCAGGGCAGGUGUGAGCCUUCACUGACACGAAGAAUCAGUCAAAGUAAUAUCACCUGCCACAUCUUCACUAAGACUGCAGCAGGAGUGAAAACAGGGGGCUGUGAGAAUGGGGGUGGAAAGCGGGUGCUUCUUUGUGCAAGGUUACGGAUAUGGCAUGGAGCAGCGCACUGCCAUGUCAGAGAGACCCCAUCCGGUGCUCAGGCUAUGAUGGAUGACCCAGCUGGGCCACUGCACCCCAGCUUUCAGUAGCCCUGGCCCUGGUGGAACGCAUGGUGGUCUGAGCUAGCUUUGUGGUGAGCUGCCCUCGCACAGAACCAAUUCUGGAGUCUCAAGGGAUGCUAGAGUGCUAGGCUCAGCCCUGUAAUAUCAGUGUGGACAAACCUGAGUCUCUGCACCAAAAUCAUCCUCCUCCUUGUGGGAAACCCUCUUGUUACAGUUCAAAGUCCAGCACAACAAAGCACCAUGAGGCCGCUUGCUCACUUCUUUCCCCACAGUGGGAUGGGGAAGAGACAAAAUAACAAAGGCCUCUGUGGGUUGAGACAAGGACACUCACCAAUUACUGUCCUGGGCAAAACAGACUCGAAUUGGGAAAAACAAAACAAAUUUAAUGUGUUACCGAUCAAAACCAGAGUAAAAUGAUAAGUACAACCAGCUCUUAAAUACACCUUCCUCCCACUCCUCCCCUCUUCCUGGGCUCAGGUCUGCUCCUGGUUUCUCUGCCGCCUCCUGCCCAGCAGCACAGCAGGGCAGGGAAGGGGAGUUGCAGUCAGUUUGUCACAGAUGGUCUCUGCCACUCCUUCCUCCCCAGGGCGGGAAGGGCCCACAGUCCUUCCCUUUUCCAGCAUGGGUCCCUCCUACGGGAGGCAGUCCUUCACAAGCCUCUCGAGUGUGAGUCCUUCCCAUGGGCUGCAGCUCCUCAUCAGCUGCUCCAGCGUGGGUCCCUUCCAAGGGGUGCAGUCCUUCAGGAGCAGACUGCUCCAGCACAGCCUUCCCCGAGAGUCACAGCUGCCUUCGGGCACUGCUACCUGCUCCGGCGUGGGCUUCUCUGUGGGCUGCAGGGAGAUCUCUGCUCUGGCACACCUCCUCCUUUUUACUGGUCUUGGUGCCCACAUGGUCGUUUCUCUCCGAUCCCACUUGCACUGCAGGUUUCUUCCCUUCUUAAAUGUUAUUGCAAAGGUGCCUGAUUGGCCCAGCCUUGGCCAGAGAUGGGCCUGACUUAGGGCCAGGGUUGCUUCUAGCAGCUUCUGACGGGUGCCACCGCUGCAGCCCCUCUACCCGCUGCUACCAGGAAACCUCAAUACAAUCUCUCAAGAAGCAAA